CUCAUCUUAUCACUGUUAACUACUGUCUAAUCCACCAGUAAGUAGUUGUUCAGUACUUAUAGAACCAGUACCAGGUACACAUACACAUACACGUGCACGUAAACAUAGCCAAAUAUGGAUAGCAAGACCAUUGGAAUCUUAGGAGGAGGCCAAUUAGGCCGUAUGGUUGUUGAAGCCGCCAACCGAUUAAAUAUUAACACGGUUAUCUUAGAUGCGCCCAAUUCACCGGCUAAACAAAUUAAUGCUAUUGGACAACAUGUGGAUGGAUCAUUCACCGAGUAUGAAUCCAUAGUGAAAUUGGCAGAAAAGGCCGAUGUGUUAACCGUAGAAAUUGAACAUGUGGAUGUAGAAGCUUUAAAGAAAGUUAAGGCCAAGUUUCCUCAUAUUGAGAUUUAUCCAUUACCGGAGACUAUUAAAUUAAUUCAGGAUAAGUAUUUACAAAAGGAACAUUUCAUACAACACGGUAUAGCUGUGGCUGAGUCUGUUGCCUUAGUCAAUAAUUCUAAGGAUGAGUUACUUAGUAUUGGAGAAAAGUUUGGUUAUCCUUAUAUGUUAAAAUCAAGAACUCUUGCUUAUGAUGGUAGAGGAAAUUUUGUGGUUAAGACUAAGGAUUAUGUUGAUGAAGCUCUUGAAUUCUUAAAGGAUCGACCUUUAUAUGCAGAAAAAUGGUGUCCAUUCACUAAAGAAUUGGCUGUAAUGGUGGUUAGAUCUUUAGAUGGUGAAGUCUAUAGUUAUCCAACGGUUGAAACCAUUCAUCAAAAUAAUAUUUGUCACCUUGUAUAUGCUCCAGCUAGAGUCAUCCCUACUCUUGCAGAAAAGGCAUCUUUAUUAGCUAAAAAUGCCGUUAAAUCUUUCCCAGGUUGUGGAAUCUUUGGGGUUGAAAUGUUCUUAUUACCAAAUAAUGAAUUGUUAGUUAAUGAAAUUGCUCCAAGACCUCAUAAUUCUGGUCAUUAUACUAUUGAUGCUUGUAUUACUUCUCAAUUUGAAGCUCAUGUUAGAGCGGUUGCUGGUUUACCAAUGCCUAAGGGAUUUACGGAAUUCUCAACCACUUCAACUAAUUCAAUUAUGUUGAAUAUUUUGGGUGAUAGAAAUGUUCCUGAUGCUGAAUUACAAAUUUGUCGUCGUGCUUUGGAAACUCCUCAUGCUACAGUUUAUUUAUAUGGUAAGACUACUAGACCUGAUAGAAAAAUGGGUCAUAUUAAUAUUGUAUCUUCAUCCAUUGAAGAUUGUCAAACUAGAUUAGCAUAUAUCUUAAAUGAUGAAUCAUAUUUAUCAAAGGGUCAAUCAUUACCUCCAAUUGAAUUAGUAAGACCAGUAGAAACUCCAUUAGUAGGAAUAAUUAUGGGAUCUGAUUCUGAUUUACCAGUUAUGUCAGUUGGUGCUAAUAUUUUAAAGAAAUUUGGUGUUCCAUUUGAAUUAACUAUUGUUAGUGCUCAUAGAACUCCACAAAGAAUGUCUCAGUAUGCUAAUGAGGCAGCAAAAAGAGGUUUAAAAGUUAUAAUUGCUGGUGCAGGUGGAGCAGCUCAUUUACCAGGUAUGGUUGCUGCUAUGACUCCAUUACCAGUUAUUGGAGUUCCUGUAAAGGGUUCAACAUUAGAUGGAGUUGAUUCAUUACAUUCUAUUGUUCAAAUGCCUAGAGGUAUUCCAGUAGCAACUGUUGCUAUUAAUAAUAGUACUAAUGCUGCAUUAUUAGCCAUUAGAAUACUAGGAGCCUAUGAUGCUAAAUGGUUACAAGAAAUGCAAAAUUACAUGAUCAAUAUGGAAAAUGAAGUAUUGGAUAAAGCUGAAGUAUUAGAAGAUAUUGGAUACGAAGAGUAUUUGAGUACAAAGUUAAAGAAAUAG